CUGCUGCCAACCCCAAAACUGACCUGUAAUGUCAUAAGAGCAGAUACCUGAUACUAAAUGUGGAGAACGAGGGAGAGAGGGAAGUAAGAACGAGUAUAGAAAGGCAAGGACAGGCACAGUAAGGCACAAAUAAGCUGGUGUCACUCCACUAUAAUCUGUCAACACGUAGAUCUCAUCCAGACGUAAGAUGUCAGGUAGAGUGCGUACUCGAGUGGACAGAGGGACAGGGGAGCUGGUGGCCUACAGUGAUGCAGCUGUGCGCAACAACCUGGCAGUCAUUGAAUAUUGCCGCACCUCUAUGGCUGCCCUCUCUGGGGCUACUGCAGGGAUGCUUGGGCUAACAGGGCUGUAUGGGUUCCUGUUCUUCCUUGCGGCAGGAGUCGUGCUGUGGUUGUUGCUGCUAUUGAAAGCUGGUUCCCGAUGGCAGCAGUUCUUUGUGAGCCGCCAGUCUCUCCUCACCAGCGGCCUCUUCUCUGGACUUUUUACUUAUAUUCUUUGUUGGACCUUCAUUUUUGGUAUGGUUCAUGUUUAUUGAAAAGUUAUGGAUUAUGUCUUAACUUACACAAAACCACUAUAAAUGACCACUAUGGAAUGAAUGAAUGUAUGAGGGUGAAUUGUGUGCAUGAAAUGUGAUGUUAAUAAAAUUAUUUCUCAAC